ACAAUAACACAUUUUUCCAUCUCCCAAUCCUUCUACUAUCUAUUUCAAAAGACAAAGCCAUGGGGUUUUUAAAAGCAAUAAUCAUCAUAGCAAUGACCAUGGCUUUGUCCCUCACAAUCACAAUGAAAACCAUCACACAAAACGAAUCAAACCCGGCGUCGACUAACCAGGAUCUUUCUUCACAAGACAUAUCACCAAUAUUCCUCCAUGAGAAAAACAAGUUUCUUCCUUCAAAGAGAGUAAGUCGCCUCUUGGCACAAAACCCUAAUGCGCCGAUUCAUUGUCACAAAGACGACGAGAUUUGCGACUUAUUCGGUGCGAAAAAUGCUACAUGUUGCAACAACAAGUGCAUGGAUUUGCAACAAGAUAAGCAUAAUUGUGGUGCGUGUAAGAAGCAUUGCAAGUUCACUAAGAAAUGUUGUAGAGGACAAUGUGUUGAUACAAACUUUGAUAAGAGGCAUUGUGGAGGGUGCAAUAAUAGGUGUAAAACUGGUAAUCUUUGUGUCUAUGGAAUGUGCAAUUACGCAUAA